GAUUGCUAUCAUGUCGCGCCAGGACAAGGCGACCACCGAGAGACACGCUAGAACGCUCCGCGAGCUCCUGAAGCGUCCCGAAAACAAAGUCUGUGCUGACUGCAAGCGGAACGAUCCUCGCUGGGCUUCAUGGAAUAUUGGCGUCUUCCUGUGCAUUAGAUGCUCGGGUAUCCAUCGAUCCAUGGGCACGCAUAUCUCGAGGGUGAAGUCCGUCGACCUGGACAUAUGGACCCCCGAGCAAAUGGCCUCCGUACAAAAAUGGGGAAAUCGCCGAGCCAAUGCAUACUGGGAAGCCCAUCUCAAGGCAGGACAUGUUCCCCCCGAUCAUAAAAUAGAGUCCUUCAUCCGCUCAAAGUACGAAACGCGCCGAUGGGCCAUGGAUGGGCCUCUACCCGCUGAUCCCUCCGUCCUCGAUAACGGCGCAGAAGUUGCACCUGCUGCCCCAGCAUCACCGCCCCCAGCCAUGUCCGCGCCAUCCCACUCUUCCCGACCUAGCGUUGUACAGGGCGUAUCGACCCGACAACCGGCUCCCCCCGUCACGACGCGACAACCUCAGCCGCACCAACUCCUAUCCACGACUGUCCAGCAAAGCAAGGCUGCGGCUGCCCAGGUUCAAGCCCCAUCACAUCAGCAGACUCCUGCUCCGGCUCCCGCUCCAGCGCCUGAGAACGACCUCUUCUCUCUCGAUUUCCACUCCCCACCGACACCCUCUAACAACAGCAUGUCCCCAACCAGUACUUCCGCUCCUAAGAAAGACGUGAAGCAAGAUAUCCUGUCUCUAUUCUCUGCACCUUCACCUGUUGCCGCGACACCCGUGGCACAGCCGGGCUUUGGCACAUUCGGUGUAGCACCUGCGGCUGCUUCGCCCUGGGGCCAGCCUCAAGCCCAGCCGACUCAUGCACAUACCCAGUCCCAGAGUAGUGUCAGUAUGAUGGGUACCAACGGCGCCGGGAUGUGGGGAGCCAGUUCAGGAUGGAGCGCACCCGUCCCCCCGGCUCAGGGUAACUUGUGGUCUAACCCUGCAAGCCAGCCCGCACCAGCAGCUCAGCAAGAUUCGUUGUUUGCCAUGAAUGAUGUCUGGAGCUCAUCGGCGGCUACUACGGCUCCUGCUGCUGCGAGCAACGAUCUCUUUGGCUCGCCGUUCUCGACUACCGCGCCUGCUCAGACUCAGAAGAAGGACGAUGUUUUCGGGGACUUGUGGGGCGAUUUCAAGUAG